UUCAAGCAGCGCAUGUUUUUAUUUACAUUUUUUGUUUACAAAAAGUCAUCAUGGAUUCAGAAGUAUCGAGUAAAAAGUCUAAAAUCAAUAAAAAAUUAAAGAAUUCUGCCGAAGUUAUUAAAAAAGAAGACAAAAAAGGAAUCGUGCGUAAACAACAGGAACUUAUGCGAGUGCUACACGUUAAAAAUUUUCAACUACAAAAUGGAAAUCUUUCUUACUUAGAUUAUGUUGAAUUAAAGGAAGAACUCUUCCGUUUGAAUGCUUUAAAGGAUGUAUUCAAUAUAAUGUCAGGCACAAUGGAGUAAUACUCAGUGGCACUAUGUUUAGACUAUGUAGAAAAUAAAUUAAUGGAAAAUGUAAUAAAGAUAAACCGUCGAA